AUCGUUGGUUUUGGAUCUUCGGAUCCACGGUCGAACAGUGGAACGAAAUCAAUCGUUUCCUUGCGUGGUAACGUGCACGGAUUUCUUAUUUUAGAACCAGUUAGCCACGAAAAUGAGCAGCGGUACUAGUUAUGAACUCGGGAGGGCUUCAGACUUCGACAGCUUCAAGCGGAAGCAAUCCAGGUUCUCGGAUACCAGUCAUUCGCACCACAACAGGGAAAGUUCAUCUCACCAUUCCAGGCGUCCACUACCUGACUUGUCUGACGACUUUAUGGCACGGAGGAGGAAAGAGCGAGAGAAGAUUGGUGCAGUGGGAGUGCGAACUCUUUGGGCAGAGUCACCCGAGAGGCCAGUAAACUCUGAUGACAACCUCGAAAAGAAGCAAGGUGCAGAAAGCAAGACUGAGAGGAAGGAAAAGAAACACAAGAAAAGGAAGCACAAGCAUGAAUCCCAUCAUCAUAAAAAGAAAAAGAAGCAUAAUAAGGAGGAGAAGAAAAAGAAGAAGAAAGAGCCCAAGAAAACGGUCAAGAAACAUAGGAAAAGGAGCAGCACUUCCUCUUCUGACGGUUCUAGUACCGAUGAGUCUGAUAACGACAAGGACUCUGAAGAUUUUGAGAAGUGGACAGUCAAAAAGGCACAUGGCAGUGAUAGCGAUGAGGAAGAGGAGGUAAUAGGCCCUCUCCCCAAGCAGCAGAUUCAUCUUACAGAAAAAGAGUACGGCAAAGCGCUUUUGCCCGGUGAAGGUGCAGCCAUGGCAGCCUACGUAGCAGAGGGGAAACGGAUCCCUCGAAGAGGUGAAAUCGGCCUUACAAGCGGAGAAAUUGAAUCUUUUGAAUCGGUCGGUUACGUCAUGUCUGGAAGCAGGCAUCGCCGUAUGGAAGCUGUACGGUUGCGUAAAGAAAACCAGAUAUACAGUGCGGACGAAAAGAGGGCGUUGGCCAUGUUCAACAAGGAAGAAAGACAGAAACGGGAGUCAAAGAUACUGUCCCAGUUCAAGGAAGUCAUUAAGGCCAAGCUGCAAGGGGGUCAUUAGAUGAACUGAACAUUACUAUGUGCACUGUCUGCAGCAACUGUGUUUUGCUGCUCACGGCACCAGCAACCUGUAUAUGCCUAUAGAUCUCCAUGUGGAGACUGUGUACAGAAGUGGACUUUUAAUUGUUGUACAGGAUUAUCCGAGGAAGUGAACCUGUUUUCUCAUA